ACGCACCUGUGAACAACCCCGCAACCAACCCUCAUCACUACUACCACCGAUCUCACACCUCCUGCUCACGACGCUGGGCGCGCGAUGCCCUCCAGCUCUGGCGACAAGGCCACAGAUCCCACAUCCGACGCAGAGACCGAGCCUUUGCCAUAUCCAUCCGACGACGAGGGAGCCCAAGACGCCAACAUGGACGCCGGCGACGCAAACAUGGACGACGCAGCCGCUGCUGCCUCGGCUCUGCUAGACUCAACGACGGCUGUCUCGCCAGCCAAGUCAACACAAGAGCCUUCCCAAUCCGAUAGCGAUCUGUCCGACGCUCCAGAGAAUGAAGACAAUGCCAGCGACGCCAGCGAUUCCGAGGAUGCGCUAGGAGAAGACGACAGUGAGGAAGGCGAGGAAGGAGAAGACGGUGAUGAGGGCGAUGAGGCAGAUGACGAUGAAGAGGACGACGACGAGGAUGACGAAGAGGAAGAGCAAAAGUCAUCUGCCCCCGCACAGCGCGCUGGCGGACGAAGAGCUCGUCAGGAGAGGGAGAACAUCGCGCAAGAGGAAGAGGACGAGGAGGAGGAGGAAGAGGAGGAGCAGGCGGCGACCCCAAGUGGAUUGGACGCGUUGGUAUCGCAAAUCGAGGCGCAAGAAGCUGAGCAACAGGGACCGGACGAUGACGAGGAUGCGGAUGCCGACGCAGAUGGCGAAGCAGAAGCGGAUGAUACCGUUCCGGCCGACCUGCCCGAUUCGUCUGUCAAGUUGACUCCCAGGGCACGCAAGGCAAGCCUUUUGGGCGCGCAGAUCGUCCUGGACCCUGGUUCCGAGGGAGGCACGUCACGCCAACCAAGCGCAGAGGCAGAGGGCGAGGAAGAUGAGGAGGAGCAGGACGACGCGGCACAAAGACAGCAAGAGGAAGAAGAGCGCGAAGAGGAGCCAGCAGAGGAGCCCGCUGAAGAGCCCGCCGUUGAGGCAAGCGCAACCGCAGCGGGCACACCGCUCCCUGAGCCCGAGGAAGAUCAAGACGAGGCGGCCCUCCGCCGGACGGAAGCCAUGGACGCGCUCACCAAGAUCGAAAUCGACUUUGCCAUGCUGCGCGACCGCCUUUACAUUGAGCGCAUGGAAGAGGUCACCCGGGAGAGCGAAAUGAUCCUUGACGGCACUCAUCCGGAGCUCAUCCACCUCACAGCAUUGAUCGAGGCGAGAAGGCAGCAUCGCCUGCGUACAGUCGAGCUGUGGUUCGAAGAGGAGCAACGCCACUUCGCCAAGAUGGCAGCGGCAGAAGAGCGCGAAGCCUGGAUGACCUGGCGCUACGGUGCUGCCGAGCUACGACGUGACUCAAUGGACGAUAUCAGCCGGAAGCGGCGCAAGCUCGAACGCGAGAAGCGCAAUCUCGAUGCCCCUCGCCCCUCACGUCGCCAUCAAGUCUUCGAGACGGAGCUCAUCGGCGACCCUGAUCUCGCAGCAGCCGCAGCUCAAGCCGCCAAGGCAGAUCGUGAAAAGGGUGUCGUAGGCCGCAGGAGAGCAGCCAGGGAGGCCGAGGAGCUCGCUACACUUGGCAGUCACAUCGCCUUGCCUGAUCUGCGAGGACUCGAGGACUUUGAAGCGUGGAACGAUCUCGAGCGGAUGGGCAUUCAGCGGAUGCAAGUCAUGCCCGAGGCGCCGCCGCCGCAACACAUGCCCGCGCAGAUGCCGCCAAUGGGGCCAGAGCAAGGCUAUUACGGCGGACCAGGCUAUCCGUACGACGAGCGCGCUAUGCACCCUGAGCACCACGGCUACCCUCAGCACCCUCAUCCCGAAGAUCUCUACAAUGCAGAGCAAGCUGCCGCGUAUGAGCGCGAACAGCGUGAAAGAGAGCGCCAGCAUCAUCAUCAACAGCAGCGGGAGCAGCAACAAAGAGAACAGCGGGAGCAGCGGGAGGCACGCGAGAGGGAGCGGGAGUAUCACCGUCAGCGAGAGCGCGAGCGUGAACGUGAGCAUCAACGCGAACAAGAGCGAGAACGCGAACGUGUGGAGCGAGAGUACCUGCUCCACCUCGUCAUUCCCCCGCCCAGCAUGGCCAAGAAUUGCGUGUAGACCCGACGCCAGCUCUCGGCGUGCCGGAAGGUGGUGUGCCGGCGCAACAACCACUCGAGGUGGCUCAACGUCUUCCGAUCUCACCGCAAGCGCAUCACAAGGUCUCACGGGAUGUCACGACGGAUCAGCGAGCGGGCGGAAUGGCUGAAGGGAGCGGGAGCGGGGGAGCCCCUGAGCAACCAACGGCAUCACAGUCGAUGGCGACGGGAGGAUCAGCGGCUGAGCUUUGACUGGCAAGACCCGGCAAACAUACAUCGUCAGGCACAAGGAAUCUUCCCCGACGGCAAUAGAAGUAGCGUGUG